AUUUAAACACCCACAUCCUGCCCAUACACGCACAAGGAGUGCAAUCUAAUCUAAUAAAAUGAUCAUUUUAGGAAAAGGGCCCUGAUUGGGAAGGAGAGGAAAUAGGACAGACCGUGCAUACACUGCAGCCACUGGCGGGUGCUGUUUUUUUUAUAGUGUAAUUGCUGGUCUUCUGCUCUCAUUUGAACAAGCCGAGUGCCUUCAUCUCCGCCGCCACCAGCAGCAGCAGCAGCAGCCUCAUCGAUAUGCGCUCCAGCUCCCGCGUGUAGGAGCGUCUCCAUCCCGCGCGCUCACAGACGGCGGAGAGAGAAGCGGAGCGAGCCUUUCAUUGCGGCGGAGGCGAUAUGUCUGCCCAUAUUUCAUAUGUGACUCCAUCGGCGGCGGGCUGCUGACUUUUAGCCCCCCCUUAAACACCGCCCCCCCCCUUGUUUCUCUUUCCUCAGUCGACUUUCUCCUCUCGGUGCAAUCGAUGGAUUUACUCUGAUUUUGGAGCGCGCCCGGGAGCCGUCUCUGCUGUUGCUGCUUGUAAACAACGGGAACGAAAGAGAGGGGGAGAGAGACAGGGAGGGAAAAGGAGGUGAGGGGCGGGGGGAGAACAAAACCCCAAAACAAUCAAACAGGAAGGGGUGAUGUUUGCUCUGCACAGGGUCCGUCAAUUCCGCGUCUUGUCCGCGCUGGUUGUCGGCUCGAUUGUGUGCUGCGCGAAGAGCGUCAACGAACCGGGCAACAUGUCUUUCGUGAAGGAGACGGUGGACAAACUCCUAAAGGGGUACGACAUCCGGCUGAGGCCGGACUUUGGAGGGGCCCCGGUUGCUGUCGGGAUGAGCAUAGACGUGGCCAGCAUAGACAUGGUGUCAGAAGUCAACAUGGACUACACGUUGACCAUGUAUUUCCAGCAGUACUGGAGGGACAAGCGUCUCGCCUACUUAGGGAUCCCCCUCAACUUGACCCUGGAUAACAGGGUGGCCGACCAGCUCUGGGUCCCCGACACCUACUUCCUCAACGACAAGAAGUCUUUUGUCCACGGAGUCACCGUCAAGAACCGAAUGAUCCGCCUGCAUCCAGACGGAACCGUCCUCUACGGCCUCAGGAUAACUACAACGGCAGCAUGUAUGAUGGAUCUCAGGAGGUACCCGUUGGACGAACAGAACUGCACUCUGGAGAUAGAAAGCUAUGGCUACACCACGGACGACAUCGAGUUCUACUGGAAAGGAGGCGAGACGGCGGUAACCGGGGUGACGCGAAUCGAACUGCCUCAGUUCUCCAUCGUCGAUUACAAGUUGGUCUCCAGGAACGUAGUCUUUUCCACAGGUGCCUACCCUCGACUGUCUCUGAGCUUCAAGCUAAAGAGGAACAUUGGCUACUUCAUCCUGCAGACGUACAUGCCAUCGAUCCUGAUUACCAUCCUCUCCUGGGUCUCCUUCUGGAUAAACUAUGACGCGUCAGCAGCCAGAGUGGCUCUAGGGAUCACCACGGUGCUGACGAUGACCACGAUCAACACCCACCUGAGGGAGACGCUGCCCAAGAUCCCGUACGUCAAGGCCAUCGACAUGUACCUGAUGGGCUGCUUCGUCAUGGUCUUCCUGGCCCUGCUGGAGUACGCCUUCGUCAACUACAUCUUCUUCGGGAGGGGUCCUCAGAUGCAAAAGAAGCUCGCCGAGAGGGCGGAGAAGGCCAACAACGAGCGGGCGGCCAAAUACGACGCGGCGAGGGAGGCAGGUAGUAGGACCGCGUCCCUAAAGCGGUCCAAUCAGGUUAGAGGGCUUCGCCACUCACGCUCGGCGGAGCCGCACGGGAACAUCCUUCUGACCACCCUGGAGAUCCACAACGAGGUGGGGGCGGGCGAGAUCACCACUAGCCUGGCGGACAUCAGGAACUCUCAGUCCAUGGUGCAGCUGGACAGCACGGCCUCGUCGCACAUCCAGUACCGCAAGCAGAGCGGCGGGAUCGGCCCGCGCUCCACCAGCCGCCACUCCCUGGACCGCGCCGCCCAGAUGAAGCGCAGCCGCCUGCGGAGGCGGUCCUCGCAGCUCAAAAUCAAAAUCCCCGACCUGACGGAUGUGAACGCCAUCGACCGCUGGUCACGGAUCAUCUUCCCUUCCGUGUUCUCACUGUUCAACCUCAUCUACUGGCUCUACUAUGUCUGAUUGGACUGUUUUUGUUGAGAUGUUCGUGGUGGUUCGUUUGGUUGGAUUUUUGUUUUGUUUCUUUUUUUCUUCCUUUUCGUUUUGUUGCUUUUAUAUGUUGAUUCUGUCAAGUUAAAGACUGCAACACUUUGAGACGGAAAAACAGACGGAGAAAAGGUUUAAGUGAGUUUUGGACCAAGUUCUUGUCAAAAUUGUUUUUAUAUUUGCAGUCUUUGAAACCUUAUUUAAGUACGUACUGUAAUUGGGACUUGUGACAGUCACUUCCCAACAUUUUCCCUCUCUCCACCACGUGUAAAUAGAGAGACACGAAAGCCAGCAAUUGAAUACACAAGUAUUUGCAACAAAAGAAAACCUACACAAAUAACACUUAACGCAGUGAUUUUUGUAAUCAAAAAAAGAACCAAGGAACCUUUAUACAACACAGGUGGUCAGAUGAAUGCAGGCAGAGCCCAUUAAACAAACUAAUGUAUGUUUGACUGGUAUCCUAUGCACUAUUAAUGCAUGCAAUGAUCAACCAUAAUGGAAAAAUGAUAAUGACUCCUCUUCUGCCUUGGAUUCUGUCACAACAAUACGGAACCCGGUUGAUUUGUAUUGUUUUAUAGCAUUUAAAUUAUCCAAAAAGGUGGCUGUUAACCAUGUCAGACAUUGAUCUGGUAAACUUGUACCCAAACACAAUAAUUUAAAGUUGAGGACUUUCUCCUCCGUUCAGUAUAACUGUGACUCAGGUUUGAAUCUUUUGCUAUUUGACAUCUUGUUCUUGACAAAGAAAAGGGUCACUGAAAUAUUCCUUUUUGGUAAUUUGAGAAGGAACAAAAAAAAGCACAAACGCAAAUGAAACUGCCAUUUUCCUUCAGCAACAAGCGCUUGAAUCAAUAGCAUGACAGAAUUGCACUCAAAUUGAUCAAACUUCCACAGUAAAACGGUCUUAUUUCAUUUAAAACAACUGCCAAGGGCCUUUUUGGGCGACAUACUUACUAAACCCAUGAAAUAUUUUUGUACUCUGUGUGUCUUCAGGUAUUCAGUUGAUGUUCCUAACCCAUGUUUUUGUUUUUGCUCAACACAAUCUCUGGUGAUUGUGGUCUCUUCAUAGGUGUGUACACAUAUAUACACACACACACACCUUUGUAUAUAUAAUUGGUGUACAACCCAAAAUGAAAAUGAUUCGAGCAUUUUGUGAUUUUCUUACAAAUUGUCAAACUAUUUAGUGCAAAAACAACUGCUCGUGUUGGAAUCCACUCCAGACGGCGCGCGUUUCACUCAUUCCUCAGACGGAUAGCGGGAAGCCGCCCCGUCGACCCAAUAAGCACACACUAGCGCUGAAUGUACCCGAUCCGUUCUUCAGGGAGAGGAUAAUGAGCCAUGGUCAUCAUUUCUCCAUCAGAAUGUAACACGCCCAUUGUGACGAGCUACCGGAGGUAAAGAGAGAGAGAGAGAGAGAGAGAGGCCGGCGACGGCGCUUUAAGAGCAUGUGCAUGUGUGAGAGAGAGAUGGGGAGUGGGUAAGGGGAGCUGGAGAAAGGACGGGCGUGGACAGACCAUUUAUUUUGUGCUGCUUGCAGGACGGUGGACGAAUGUCCACGUAUAAGUGUUUUGGAGGAUUAAUAUAGCUCUCCUUGUCCCUGCUGUUGGUAGACCGAGCCGUUCCAACCGAGAUCGCAGAGCACCUGGUGGGCGACGAUGUCCACAUGUCAUGGACACAUGACGUACAUACACUGUGCAUGUGCAAAAAUACAUGUGGGAGGAAAAAAAAGAAAAAAUGCUACUUGUUGGGGAUCAAUUUAACAAAGAAAAGAAGUUCUAUGUGUACAGAGUGAUUGAUAUAAACUGAAUGUAUUGUAUUUGGAUUGUUGCCGCACAAAUGCAAUUUUUCUUUUUUCUGGACUCAAGGUUGACCUCAAUUAGGGCUCCAGUUGAAUCCCCAUUCGAGUGAGCCCGAGUUUCGUGUCCUGUUUUCUACUGUGUAGACGGGGCGUAGUGCCCAUUACGACCCGGGUCCAAAGCUUACAGAACUUACAGAAGACAUAAUAUUGUAUAUGAUAAGCCAAAACAUCUUGUGAAAGGUGUGUUCAGAAGAAAAUUCCUUGUCACCAUGCGUCGCUCGUGUUAAUGUGUGUGUGUGUGUAUGUUCCCGUCCACCAAGCAGCCUCUGUUCCCACCGUACGCUAGCGCAUGUUAGCUAGCGCAUGUUAGCUAGCCCAACGGACGUACUGGUUCUGCCGUUUACUCCUACGGGAUCCCCCGCACAUUUGUUCCCCCCCCCGGAAGGCAUUUUCAACUGGUACAGUUUUCGUGUCAGGUCGCGUCACUCCGUGCAUGUUGUAUGAAACUGGGGGGCGCUCUCCGAUGCGCCCGGACACGCGCUAAAAGAGGACGUGAGGCGUCGUUUUCGCGGUCCCGCGCAUCCAAGGUCGUCCAGGCUUUGAACCGUUGGUGUGGAGUAACUCUCAGAAAGCAGUUUGAGAAGCUUGGGUGUUGUGUAAAUAAGAUAUAACAAUGGUGAUUUUGGGGGAUCUGAAGCUGAGGAGAAAAUAACUUUUUUUACUUCCUGCACAACUGCUUCACUCGCAGAUUUAAACGAGUACUUUCGGGUGUUUUUGCAGCUUUGAGCCAUUGUUUGAGUCACUGAACUAUGAAGGCAGUUGUAAAGCAAAUGAGAGGGAAACCUGAUACUUCUUUAUAAUGCAUGCGACUACAAUUCUUAAGUUGGGUAGAUAAAAAAAGAUAUAUAUAUAUUUUGCGAAAACUCACUCGCGGGAGCUGAUGACAUCACAUGAUAUGCCAUGUGAGCCUAACAUAAAAAGAAAAAAAAUAUUUAAAAAAAAAGUCAUCAAAGGCUUCAGGUGUUGUAUGGCCUUGGUCCCAUAAUGGAAUGUGAAAUGUUCUGUGCUGCCACAAAAUGUAUUUAGGCUUAGAUUUAUACCGUAUAUCUGUAUGUUUCUCUUCCUUUUUCAAUAGAUUAUCAUGUUAAACCAUCGAAUAAAUUAUAUACAUUACCUGUGUAUUUGGUAUUGCGAUCAUGCAUGACACUCUGUAAAGAAUCUGCAUAUAUGUACAUGUGGAGCGAGCUAAUGCAACAAACAGCCAUUUACGACACACAAUACCAUUUUGAUAACAUGUCACCUGUACAUAUCCUAACACUUGUAUGGCCGUGUCUCCUCUUCGACUAUCCAGGUGCCCUUGAGCAAGGCACUUAAUUCCUUCCUGUUCCAGUGCAACUAAACAGUGACAGCUGAAGACUUUCAUUGCAACUCCCAGUUGGACAACUUUUGUGUAUGAACUUUAUGAAUGUGUGCCAGAGUAUUGGUAAAUAAUAGUACAGUAGCUCCCAUAAAUAAAAAUAAAAACAACAACAACAACAA